GAGGCACCGGGAGGCACCGGCAGCACCGGCAGCACCAGGCAGCACCGGUGAUACCGGGAGGCACCGGCGGUACCGGCGGCACCGGCCCCAGCGCUCUCCGCGGUGCUGAACGGCCCCGCAGAGCCCGCAGGACGCGCCGCCGGCGGGGCCCGGCCCGGCCCGGCCCGGAACGGCUCGGCCCGGCCCCAAGCGGCCGCGGGGGAUGGAGCCUUUCCUCGGCUGCACCGGCGCCGCGCUCCUGCUCUGCUUCAGCUACGCCGGUCUGCGCCCGGUGGAGGCAGACAGCCCGUCGGCUCCAGUCAAUGUCACAGUCAAACACCUGAAAGCCAACUCAGCUGUUGUCACCUGGGAUGUCCUGGAAGAUGAAGUCGUCAUUGGAUUUGCAAUUUCCCAACAGAAGAAGGACGUGCGGAUGCUGCGCUUCAUCCAGGAGGUGAACACCACCACCCGCUCCUGUGCCCUCUGGGACCUAGAGGAGGACACUGAGUACAUUGUGCAUGUCCAGUCCAUCAGCAUCCAAGGCCAGAGCCCUGCCAGUGAGCCAGUCCUCUUCAAGACCCCCAGGGAAGCUGAGAAACUAGCCUCUAAAAAUAAAGAUGAGGUGACAAUGAAGGAGAUGGCGAAGAAAAACCAACAGCUGCGAGCGGGGGAAAUCCUCAUCAUCGUGGUGGUGUUGUUUAUGUGGGCAGGAGUGAUCGCCCUGUUCUGCAGGCAGUACGAUAUCAUCAAAGACAACGAGCCCAACAACAGCAAGGAGAAAGCCAAGAGCCCCUCGGAGAACAGCACACCCGAGCACCAGGGCGGGGGCCUCCUGCGGAGCAAGUUUCCAAAAAACAAGCCCUCAGUGAACAUCAUUGAAGCAUGACAGGCUGACACCUGAGAGAUGGACUCCAUCCCUCACUCUCACGCUGCCUCUGAGCCCUGAUGACUGGGGAGGUGAAACAUUUUGGGAGCGAUUUGCAAAAACACGACCUCGCGAUUGUCACUCGCUGGCAUCCACCUCCUCAUCCGUGUUCUGCAAAACAUCUGGCCAGGAAGGGAAAUCCUGCAAGAAAAAAAUAAAUCCUGACACCCAAACAAAGAAGAUGGAGAAGAAUCAGUGAUGCUGGAUCUGUGAAUCACCUGGGUUGGAGCAAUGUCUCCUUUCCGCUCUCACGCUCCAUUUUCCGGGACACUUUUCCUGGUUUUUUUUGGGAAUGCACAAGGUUCUGUUGUGUCUUUCUCUGCUCUCACUGUCACUCCAUCCUGGCAGUAUUCCCUCUCUGAGCAGGAACAGAGGGAAGCUCAUGGCAAACACCACUGAGAAGCCAAAUUUUGGCUGCUGAGUGCUCGGGCCCUGCUUCGUUCAUCGAUGUGUGUCGCGUAACGCGUCUCGCAGGUGGGUUUUUCAAACACACACACACACACCAAAAAAAAAGAAAAAAAAGCAUCCCCAAGUUUCCAUUCCCACCAGGAGAACUUCCCUGGUUGUUCUCCAGCCAGGCUGCAGCACAUUCUCCACUGCUGCUGUCUCUCCUCUCUCACACUGGUGCUCUUCACCUCAGAAAAAUCGGGGAACGCUGAGGCACAGAUCAACACGAGGGGACACCAGAAGCUGUUAUUUAGCUUCCAGGAUAAUUUCAACCAUUUUUCUUCGUGGUAUUUUCAGCUGGGCCUGAGUCCACCACCGAUGGGAUAAAAGGUCCAUAAAAAUGUAGCCAGUCAGCAAAAAAAAAAAAAAGAAAAAUGACAAAAUACCUGAUGAUACCGGUUGCUAUGCAAGGUCCCCAGGGGCAGGAGCUGUUUAUUGUGGAAGGCUCUGGCCUGAGGGGCCUUUUUCUGAGGGCUUAAAGUUCUUAAAAUGCUUCUUUUAGUAAAGUUUCAGUGUGGGAAGGGCUGGUUCUUACACAUUCUGCCUUUGGAAUUCAGAGUCUGCUGGAGACAGCCCUUCCCAAAAAGGGAUGAGGACGGAUGGGAAAAGGGCUGGGCUCCUCCUCUCUCUUAGCAAGUUUGGAAGCUGGCAGGAUCCCUGGGGAUUGCUGGUGCUCUGGAAAGCUGGGAGAUGCCAGGACCAUGACAUGAAAAAGAUUUCCUCUUUGUAGUGUGCCAUGGGGUAUCUGUAUUUAUUGAAUUCCUCCACGAGACCACUCCAUAUGCACUUAGGGGAUGAGGCAGGAUCCGACUCUGAUCCAUCAAAUGCCGACAGAGGUCGGGCUGAGGAAGCCUUGGAGGAGCCUGGGUUGGGAGUUCCUGCAAAGGAACAGCCUGGCAGUGAGGAGCUGCCAUCUCUCCUCUUCCCCUGUCACCAGCUUUUCCCAAAAAAGUUUGGGGAAAAGGCACUGGGAAGUUCUCCUGCAGGUGUGCUGGUCCCAGCCAGGCCAACCCCAAAGGUGGCUCCAGGAUCCUUUGCCUGAACAUUUUCUUCCAUCACCAAGAAGGAGAGGUCACCACCUCUGAUACAGACAGAGCAAUAAACAUUUUAUAAUGUACAAUAAAAGAUUAAAAGCA